AUGAUAGAACUUCAAAAAGCAAGUAAUGGAAUCGCGUUUCUUUCUAAUCAGCGUUCGGGCAGCAGUGAAAAUAGUGACGAGAAAGUAGAGUUGUUAGUGAACACUCGCGAAAAGAGAUCAACGGCCGGAAAUCGACUUCACAAUCUCUUGCGUCAAGAAGAGCCGGAUGAUGAGUUGGAGCUACUUUUCGCAGAGGAUGAUGAAGAUGUAGACUAUGCUAAUGCCGAAGGAGACGAAUCGGACAUUCAGAUGGGCUCUUCUGACAACGAGGAUCAAGGGCCAGAAGAAGAAAAUGACUUCCAGGGUGAAAAAGAUAUUGAAAAAUUGGACAGGAUGGAACGAGCAAAAGUUAUAAAGAAGAAUCGUGGAAUCUUCAACGUUUUCCAAAAAAAGGUCCGAGCCGACAACGAUCUUGCCCCUUCAACUCCGAAACCAAAGAAAAAAUAUGAAAGAGCGUCAUGGCUUUCUACCUCUUGUCAUACUCCAGUUCGCGCAUCAGCUCGUGGAUCAACGCGUCAAAGUAAGCAAGAGUUGCAAGUACAGAUCAUGGAUAGAGAGAUCAAGCGGCUCAAGCAGGCGGCUAAAAUGGAAAAGAUCGCAGCAGAAAAGGCAAAAAAGAAAAAUCCACCACUAACUCAGGAAGAUCGUUUGAAAGAAGCUGCAAAGGUGGAAAUAGCGAAUACAAAAUGCUUAACUCGCUGGGAGAGAGCUGAACAAGAGAGAGAAAACGAAAGAACGCAAAGGCUUGCCAACUUACAUGAUAGAAAAAUCGAAGGGCCUGUAAUUACCUACUGGAGUGGCGUUGCUACAUACGUCAAUGGUAAGCUAACUAGGCUUGGAAAGAUUGACAUUGAUAACCAAAGCCCUCUUACAGCAAAAAAACGCAAUGUAGAAGUAUGCAAAAAUUAUGAGAACACACAAUCAAAAAAACAAAAAACACACUCCGAAUUGCGACCAAAAAAUAAGUAUCUCAAGUCAUUAGUACCUGAAAACAAAGAAAUAAAUGUUCCUAAGCUUCUUGUACCGGAUAUCAGCCAGAUAGUCUUUGAGCAAUCACAUCAGACAUCCUCUUUUCUUGCUCCAACUCUGGGUCUUAAUCUCAUUGCACCGCCACCACAUCCAUUCCUUGCACCACCACCCCUUGGUGGGCCUUCUCCGCACUCAGGUCUUGGAUUUUAUGCGCAUCAGUUACAUCAAUAUCGUCACUACAUGUUCAAUAAGUCUUCAACCCAUAAACUUUCAGCAAAAGUUUCUAUACAAACCCCCAUGCUUCUAUCAUCUCAAUCACCUUCGCCUAUUGAACACUGUUUACGCUCAAGCCUAAUUUUUUCCAAUUUUUCGGAAGCUGCUAUCAAAUCUCGUGAAGCCCAACUCAAAGCAAUGUUUCCUUACAUAAAAAUAUCAGCUAUGCGCAUUUCAAAGCCCCCCAGGUCAAAAACUGGCACUAGAUCUAAUUUGUGUGUAAUCACGGGCUAUCCCGCCAAAUAUAAAGAUCCAAAAACAGGGCUGCAAUAUUAUAAUUCAUAUGCAUACAAAGAAAUACAAAAGCUUCAGAAAGGAGAGAUAAGGUGGAGUGAUCUCCUAGGUGCCUAUGCAGGGAGUAAUACUAUGAAAGCUGCGAGGGGAGUUCCUGAUAGGUUCAUGGAAAUAGUUCAACAGGAUUCUGUUGCUUCUUGA